AGAGGAUGCAGUAACAAGUAGAAAUUUCUGUUAGAUUGUGAGAUGGCGCCUUCCUUUAGCAGCCACAUGAAGGAAGGAGUAAUUACUUUACAGACUGAGCAGCUGCCCAAGGAUCUGCUGCCUGAUAAAGGACAAUCCCAGGAAGUUAAGAUCUGGAAGCUGCCUAAGAAAUGUGAUUACUUAUUCCUGCCUACACAGACCGUCCAAUCAAGUUUUGUCUCAAGAAAGCUACCUAGCACAUGUCUUAGAAAAGCUGAGGAUUGGUUAGCACAAAAACCUUAUGUCCAGUUAGCUGAUGAAAAUGAUCAAGACAUCAGUGCAAUGGCAAAGCAUGUGUUGGAUACACAAAAUCAUUAUAACCAGAUUAUUGAUAACUAUUUAAAGCAGACAGACAUUCUGGAGUUGCGCAGGAAGGAAGUACAGCACAAGAAAUGGACUGAGCGAGUGUCACUCCCCUUACAGAAAACAUUAGAAAACUACAUUAACAUCCAAUCUAGUGAAGACAUAGAGAGAAGAAGGCGGGUUGUCUUAGCACAAUACUUGAAAUACUGUAAUAGAAAGGGCAGUGCUUUCAUGAAAGAUUUUGAUCCAUCAGAGUACAAUCCUUAUAAGUUACAGCUCGACAAGCACUACCUCCAGGUCUCAACACCACCACUUGUUGACCCUCUUCUACAGCAGGUGCAGAAAAGGUUUGAAGAAGAGUGCGUUGCCUUGCAAUGUGAGACAGGAAGACAAUAUUCAGCCAAAGAAAUCCGUGAGAAGAAACUGCCUCGGUUUCCAUUAGGGCGUCAAUCGAUAGAUGGAGCAAAGUGGGUGAAAUGUCAUUUUGGAUAUAUAGAAAGUGAGGCCCGACAAAAACACAGGCAAAAAAUGAAAGGAAAAUCAAACCAGGAAUCCUUUAACUUCCGUGCUUGGGGAGAGGACACAGAUACAUGGAACCUCAAUAACCUGAAACUUCGAAAGAGAACUCAUUCACCCACUGUAUUUUCAAAGGAACCAGAUAGCAGCCAGACAGUUCAGAUCAUAACAAUAUAGCCUGUAUUACAGUAGCUAUAGCAGCUAAAGAAAAGUUCUUAAAAAAGGAUUUAUUUUCCUUUAGCAGAUACUUCAGUCAUGUGUGAUUGUGAUCUUAAAGUGGAAUAAAUUAUUUUAAGUAA